AUGGAUGGAGAGCUGCCCUGCAUUGAGGUGGAUGGAGAAAUGUCUGCCACAGAGGAUCUAGGAGAAGAUCUACCCUGUGGGGAGAGAGAUGCAGAAGGAGAGAUGCCCUCUGCUGAGACAGGGGAAGAGGCACUUUGUGCUGAGAGCAGCCUGCCAGGGGAGACGCCCAGCAUGGGCAGCUGUGGGGAAGUGCCCUGUGCCAGCAGUGGUGCCAAAGGGGAGGCAUCCUGCUGUGAGAGUGAUGGGGAGGAGGUUGCAGAUGCUGAGGUCCCUGCUCCUGUGAAGAAAAUGUCUUCAAUUUCCUCUCCCCUGCGGGCGGUCAUCCACCUGCGGCGCCGCUACCACGGGCAGAAGAAAAGCCGCCUGCACCUGGAGCUGCCUCGGGAGAAGUCACCUGAGCUUGUCCACACCAGGCUGCUUCAGAGGCAGCUGUCCCUGACCAGAACUGGCCUCUAUGGCCCUUCCAUGGCCUUCUUUCAUCAGCCCAGCUUCGAAACCUCCCAGUACUUCACCUUCGACACCUCUGUGGAGCAGUACGCCAUGAAAAAAUCCAGGCGGAAAAAGAACCGGAGGAAAUCUCGGGUAGUCCUGUACCCAGACAAGACCAAGAGAUACCUCCCAGCAGAGGAGAAGAGCAAGGCCAAGCGCUGCCUCCUCCUCCUCAUUGUCAUCAUCUUCUUCCAGAUUCUCAAUGCCAUAGAGAACCUGGAUGACAACCUCCAAAAAUAUGACCUAGAUAGCCUGGAGAAAACAAUGCACCGGGAAGUGUUUGGGCAGAAGGUGGCUGUGGAAAGCAUUAUGGAGUUGCUGAAAGACUACCUGGCUACCCACAUCCACAACAAACCUUUGGUGAUCUCUUUCAAUGGCCCAACAGGAGUUGGGAAGAGUCACGUUGGCUGGCUGCUGGCCAAACACUUUCGUUCAGUCAUGGACAAUGACUUUGUGCUUCAGUACUUUGUGAUGCAUCACUGCCCCAGCGGGCUGCCUCCUCUCACCUGUGAAGUAGAUCUGUCUAAGAAGAUUUCUGACAUGGUUGCCAGAGCUGAAACAGAAGAGAAGAUCCCUUUGUUUAUUCUGGAUGAGGUCGAGCUCAUGUCUCCAGUCCUGCUGGAUACCCUCAGCCGAUUCUUUGAACCCAGUCAGACCAACGAGUUCCUCAACGCCAUCUACAUCCUGAUAAGCAACAUAGGAGGUGGGGAGAUAACAAAGUUUGUUAUCCAGAACGCAUCUGCUGAGCUGCUGCAGCAGCAGAGGGGAGCUGAAGAGCUGCUAAGCAUUGUCCAGCCAGUACUGAUUGAUGUCCACCCUCUCUGGAAGGCUGCAGACAUCAUCCCAUUUGUUCUCCUGGAGAAGAGCCACGUUGUAAACUGCUUCCUGGAGGAGAUGAGGAGGGAAGGGCUGUACCCUGACCAGAAGCAUAUUGAAACCCUGGCCAGCCAGCUCACUUACUACACUACUGGGGACAAGCAGUACUCCAGGAUGGGCUGCAAGCAGGUUGUGGCCAAAGUCAACCUGCUGUAG